AUGUCGCUGUCGAAGUGUAACGCCGUACGCGAACUGGCCACAGACGGUUUGAAGACGUCUCACAUACAGAAGUUCUACGACUUGGCCGGGUACGCUCCGGAGUCGAAGGAUGGGAACGACAUCGUGCGGACGGUGCAGGAAAGAUUGGGCGAUUACUUCAGCAAGAAGGAGGCGGCGACGAGGAGAAUAGCAGAAGCAGUGGUCCAUUUUCACGACGAGGCGUACUUGCGGGGACAGCAGGACCUGCCCAUCCUGUCAGACCUGCCACUGGACAUCUACCGGGACGCCGACAUCCCGUCCAGGCUUCCCACACCCCUCACAUUCAGCACGUACUUCAAGCAGCACGUCAACAAGAGCUACAGCGUGGUGAAGAUUUCUGACGAGGUACCCCGAGAUGACAACGCUACAGUUAACACCGUGGUAUACACCUCGGGGCUGGACGAAGUCUUUAAGAACAACUCUAAGGAGGACGAACUCCUCAGAUGGCAGUACUUCGGGUCCAGUAACGGUCUGCUGAGGCUGUACCCGGGCCGGGAGUGGGACACCAACUUCGCCGGCUUCUACAACGACUACGACCCGCGGAUCCGACCCUGGUACAUCGCCGCCACCAGCGGGGCCAAGGACGUGGUGGUCGUCCUGGACUGCAGUCACUCCAUGAUAGGAGAGAAGUUUGACAUCGCCAAGGCGGUUGCCAAGACCAUCCUGAACACCCUCACCAAGCAGGACUUCGUCAAUGUCGUCUGCGCGCGAGCCAGCCACUGGGACGAGACCGGCAGGUGGCACCAACACGACACGGAGGUUCUGAGUUGCCAGCAGAACCGGCUGGUUCCGGCCUCCACCGCGCACAGGAAGGACCUCAUCCAGAAGAUAGACGGGCUUCAGGCGGGAGGCACGAGUGAGAUGAAGAAGGGUUUUGAGAUCGCGUUUGAUCUUCUGUCAACGACGUCACGAACGACCUGUCAAUCACUUAUCGUCAUGGUAACGGACGGGAAGGACAUGGACGGCGGCAAGGUCAGGUGUGGUCCAGGGUACUACACCCGCAGUGGGUACGUCCCUGGGCCGAAAUGCCGGUACGACUGGCGCAUCGUGUGGGACCGGGUCGCGGAGCUGCAGGAGACGCUCAGGCCAAAGGCGCGGAUCUUCAGCUACCUGACGGUGGACGACGGAGAGGAGUUUCCGGGGAAGCUGGCCUGCGACAACCGAGGCUCCAUGAAGAAGCUGUUCGACACCAACAACAUCAUUUCCCAGAUGGACAACUACUUUGAUUUCCUUUCCGCUAACGUUCAGACCGAUCAGGGCCGCUGGACCGCCCCGUAUCUAGACGCCUGGGGCCUCGGACUUAUGGUGACAUUCACUGUACCUGCCAUCAGUAAAAUAACUAAUAAGGCUAUAGGUGUAGCGGGCGUGGACGCCACUCUGGAGGAGAUAGAGAACAUCUUGGUGAACGACCAGUGGGGAUCCGUCUACACCUUCCUCAUCAACAACGAAGGAGAGACCAUCUUCCACCCGCUGCUCAGGCCCAGCACACAGUUAGUGGACGACCCCAUCUUCAUCCCGAUCCGGCAGCUGGAGAUGCCGAACGGGAAACCGGAGAAGUUCCUGGAAGUGGAGGAGGCCAUGAAGAGGGGGAAGAGGGGGUCUCUGUACAUCAAGGACGCCAUUAGGGGCAUACCCAAGGGAGAUUUCCAGGACGGAGUGAAGGUGAUCGUCGGUCCUGCCACCUACUACUACACCGCACUCAACGACUCUGUCUACGCGUUCGCUUUCAACUUGGCAGACACGGACAAGAACUUCCGUCAUCCGAAGGAACCGAAGAAGACGCCCAAGAUCCCCACCAGCUACUACAACCUCCUGACUGCUUACAAUGUGACAAGGGGGCAUUUCAAUACAAGUGUCAGGGAGCAGUUGGGAAGCAGCUGGGGAGCUGUCAGGGAGCAGUUCCAAGAGGCCUGGGAGAGUCUUGACGUCAAGUUUAACGAGAGGCGGUACCCCAAACUGUUCGUGUCCUACGAGCACUCCACGUUCCGCCUGGCCCCGAAGUGCUACUGCAACCCGAACAAGUUCCUGUUCGACGUGGACAUGGCCAAGGAGACCAUCGACGCGCACACGUUCAUGAACUCUGACACGACAGACGAGGGGUGCUCCACGUCUCACGACCACAAUGAAAAUGCGAAGAACAUUACAUAUGAGAAGAACAUAAGAGCGGACGUACUGAUCACGUCCCAGAUAGAGGAGAUCUGGAAGAACAGAGACUUUGAGGGUCUGGUGGACGUGAAGUGGACGUACAUCGGGUGCCGCAGCGGCGUGUUCCGGACUUACCCCGGGCACAGGUCCAGGAGAACGUACGAUCCUACAGGACGCCCCUGGUACCACCGCGCCAUCACGAACCCCCACAAAAUCACCAUCUCCAACGCCUACCUGGAUGCUGCCGGGGUUGGUAAGGUCGUGACCCUGUCCAGGGCCAUCUUCGAGGGGAUGCCGAUCCCGGACCAGGACGAGUGCGAAAACGCCACGGCGAUGGGGAAAGGGCUGCCGGGAGGCUGUCACUGCGAGAGGGAUAGCGAAUGUCUAUCAGACUACUGCUACAUCAGUGAGGCGCCAGGAAGCAACCAGCAUCUGCCCAGGUGCGCAUCUGACAAGGUCCAGGCGGUGGGGGGUCUGGACAUCCUGUACAACGACUUCCACGAUCACAUCUACAACAUGAUGCAGUCCAGCGACUUCAAGAAGUCCUGCGGACAGAACUACACCUGCCCAAACGGGGAGCCAGGCUGCCAGACUAGGUGCUAUCUGUUCGACAACUUCGCCAACUUGGUGACGGACCAGGACUUCCUGUCGCUUAGCAACCUGGAUGAGAGAGAGUACCACCGGGUGUCGCUGGGCAGGAAGGAGGGGGAGGUGAUGAUGGAGCUCAUCUACAAACACAAGUUCUUCGAGAGGAAAGAGCAGAUCGACUUCCAGGGAGCGUGCAGCGUCUCGCCGUACUCACCCAAGGUGACAUUGGAAGGCAUCCCCACCACGCCGCGGAGCCAAGACGACUACUUCAGAAACAAGGGUCCCAUACCGAAGUUCUCCAACGAGUUCGGCUGCAUACAGGACGUGGUGGGGUUCCUGGCGAACGUGUCUGCGCUAGGUCCAACGAAGAUGAUCAUGGGGAACAUCUCCGGCCCGUGUACGUCCGGGUUCUACUACGUCAUCGCCCUGCCCAGAACCAACCUGUUUCUGCUCGUCAUCGAGAACUGGACCAACCACAAGGAGAGCCUCUUCUACAACUUCAACUGCCGCAUUCAGAACAGCUAG